CGUAUAUUUGUCAGCAUAAUUAUAAAUAAAUAAAUUCGGAUUUAAUACGUUUUUUGAAUACAAUGCUUCUGUAUGGAAAUAGCUAUGAAAUCCGUUUCCCUCAUUCUGCAUGGUAAAGUGGAACCAUUCGGCUCAUUUUUUAAGAUGUCUAAAAGGCGAAUAAAUGACUACGCAGGAUUUCAAAAAGUUUUAAACGAGUCGCAAAAAAUAGUCGCUUUAACUGGAGCUGGUGUGUCAGCGGAAUCAGGAAUCCCUAUAUUUAGGGGUGGCGACGGUGCUUUGUGGAGAAGGUACAGGGCCCUUGAUUUAGCAACGCCAACUGCAUUUCGUAGUAAUCCUGGGUUAGUGUGGGAAUUUUAUAAUUACAGAAGGACAGUAGCAUUUCAUGCUCAACCCAAUAAAGCUCAUACAGCGUUAGCUAAAUAUGAAAGAUUAUGUAAUCAGCAAGGACGGGAAUUCCAUAUAGUUACUCAAAAUGUUGAUGGGCUACACCAAAGGGCUGGCUCAGAAAAUAUUGUGGAAUUGCACGGGGUUUUAAAUAAGGUGAUAUGUACAAAGUGUAAACACAUUGCUGAAAAUUUGGAUGACCACAUAUGUGAAGCUCUAAGAGGCAGAGAGGAUCCCUCGAAUAAUACAUCUCUCCCUAACAUAGAGAUAGAUGACCUUCCGAAAUGCAAGCAGUGUGGUUCGUUAGUUCGGCCAUACAUCAUUUGGUUUGGAGAACAUCUUGAUCCACAUAUACUAAAGACAGCAAAAAAUUUAUUUGAAUCUUGUGAUUUAUGUCUGGUUAUUGGGACUUCUUCGGUUGUUUACCCUGCCGCCGCUUUUGCACCCUUAGUCGCUGAAAGGGGAAGACCUGUGGCCGAAUUUAAUUUAAAUGAAGAGCCCGCCAAAGACGAUUUCCAAUUUCAUUUCCCUGGACUAUGUGGAACAACUUUGCCAAGAGCUUUGGGUACCGAUAAUAUUUAAAUACAAUAAAAAAAAUUAAAAAUGCAUUUUAUUCAUACUUUAUUAUAGGAUUUGCAAACAUAACCA